AUGGCGCUGAUGGCCAGUCCUCGGGCUGUCGGCAGGAGCCUGCAGCUGCCACCACACCCCACAUGUGGUUCAGUCUCCUGGUUCCUGACCCAGGCCCUUCAACUGUCCCACUUGCAGGCAGACAUGUUCGGGAUGAGGUGGGGUCGCUCAGACAUAGCACCUGCUGCAGGGUGUCAGCAGCGGCAGCUGUUGGGGUUGGCACUAAAGCACAUGGCGCGCCUGCAGCAUUGCUGUACUCCGACAGGUGACACGGGUGAUCCAGAAGGUCUGCAGCUCUAUGAAACUGUUUUGGAGGCGUGUUCGUUCCUGCGGCGGUCGCGACUGACGACCGCGGACUGCACCUUCGGUGUGGGCGUGGCCAGGAACGGGGCCCCCGAGCCAGCCGUGGCGCUCAACAAUUUGGUAACUCUUAUUCGACAUCCAUCUGAAUUAAUGAAUGUUCCUCUUCAUCAGCAACAAAACAAAUGUACAACGCUAGUGAAAAAUAAAACCGCUGCUGCAGCUACUGCUUUGCAAUUCACAUACCCGCUCUUUACUGCAAAUGCUUGCUCCACUAGUGGAAACUCCAAUCUUUCACAAACACAGAGUUCUAGUAACUCAUGUCCUAUACUUGAAGCUGCCAAGCACCAGGAUAUUGGAUUGCCUAGGACAUUUUCUUUCUGUUAUCAGCAAGAGAUUGAGUCCACUAAACAGACUUUAGGUAGAAACAAAGCUCUGCCCGAGCAGGUUUGGAUUAAAGUGGGAGAAGAAGCUCUAUGUAAACAAGCCAUAAAUAAGAGGAAUCGGGGUAGAAUACGUCAGUUGGACACAAAUGUGGAACGAAGAGCCCUCGGAGAGAUUCAGAAUGUGGGCGAAGGCUCUGCCACCACGCAGGGUGCCUGGCCAUCUUCGGAGCCCUCCCAGCCAGCUCUGGGGGAGCAGCCCCAGAGCGGACCGCAGGGAGGAAGGUCUCAGCGUAGGGAGAGGCACAACCGCAUGGAAAGGGAUAGAAGGCGCAGAAUCCGCAUCUGCUGUGAUGAGUUGAACCUCUUAGUCCCAUUCUGCAACGCUGAGACUGACAAGGCCACGACUCUGCAGUGGACCACGGCCUUCCUGAAGUACAUCCAGGAGAGGCACGGGGACGCUCUUAAGAAGGAAUUCGAGAGUGUGUUCUGCGGUAAAACUGGCAGAAGGCUAAAGCUGACCAGACCAGACUCCUUGGUGGCCUGUCCUGCACAGGGGAGUCUUCAGAGCAGCCCAGCAAUGGAGAUCAAGUGAUGGGACUGGGCGGCAUAGGCCAGGAGGGAAUGGCCUCGCUUCGUGAUCGCACAUGUGUUCUGGGACCUGUACCAGCUGUGGCAGCACAGGCCCAAGGACACGACUCCAGCUGCCAGGCCCCAGUAGGGACUCGGAGCAUGCCCUGUAACAGCACUUAUCUAGAGGGGGACACUUGUCCACUAAGGUCUUCUUAGACCACUCGCGAGGAAGACAUCUUGAUAAUUAGUAAGUACUUUUUCAAUUAUCUGUCUGAUUCCAUCAUGUUUUCUUAACAUGAUAACUUUAAAAAUUAACAUCCUUUGUAAUUUGUCUUGAAAGUACAUUGCUUUUCACUUAUUUAUUUACAUUUUAAAUCUGUCCCUUUAGCAAUUGGAAUGCGUUAAAUUGUUUUUGACUAGAAGUAGUUUGGAAAUUUCAUUUCAUUGGUUCUGUCACUCCCCUGUCAGGCGUCCAGCACGUGGUGCUAUAUUGCAAAAGCUGGACAAUUUUAAGCCUUUUUGCUAAAAAUUCUCCAGAGACUUCCUUUAAAGCUACUUUUGUCCACACAUGAAAUGUUGUCUCAGUAGAUUGCUUAAAUGCAUAUUGAGAGUCAUUAUUUAUGUGCAAUAAACUGUGGUGUUUGGAACUGA